GCAGUUCCUGUUUUGCAGCACACACUCUCUUGACUGUGCAGUUGGAGGGUCUAUUUUUGAAAAGUCACAGGAGGAUGUGGUCUCCGUAUUGUUUCCCUCCACUGGUGUAUGACAACUGUGGUCGAUCUGGGAUGAUCUAGGACAGAGAUAAAAGCAGUUACAGAAGAUGGAGCACACCUCUUGCACGGAAGAUCGUAUCCAGCAUGUCCUUGAGCGUUGCCUCUGUGACCUGGGUCUUGACACUCCUGACAAACAACUCUGGAACGCUGGGUUGUGCAUAAACCGCUGGUGUUUGGAGGAACUUGUGAAGAGAGAUCCCCACAACUUCCUCAUCCUUCUACAGAAAAUACUGAGGAAAACAAAAGAGGUGCUAGAGCAGUGUCAGUAUGAACUUGUGGUGCCCCUCUCUCUCUUGUUCUCUUCAACCCUUCUUAAAGCUCCUUAUGUGGCUCCAGAAUGUGGCGUGCUGCAGAAGGCCUACCUGUUGUUCCAUAGUUUUCUGUCCUGGCCUGAGCCUUGCUGCUCUGCCAGUAAACGCCUGCUAAAUAUCAUCCAGCAGGAACUCAGAGCACCAGGUAUUUCAUUUCAAAGACUGGUGAGAACAGAGCAGGGGUUUUCCCCUGAGGUUCACAGCCCUAAAACCACGAUGGUACUGUUAGUGAGCCCAGAUGAAGAUGUACCUCCAGAGGUCCAGUCUGUCUCUGAGCGGCUGAGUAGUACUCAGCCCUCCAACAAAGAUGUCACUAUCACCCUCAUCCGGCAUGGCUUUCAGGCUGUUCUGGGCAACAAACAUGAGCUACAGGCACUCCACACUACCCUGCAGACAAAGCGCCCUGAGGAGUUGGAGCAGCUCCUGGAGGCAAUGACUGAGAGCAUGGAGAUAGCAGCCUCCACAGCAGAUCUCAGCACAGCAAGACAGUGUCUACUAAAAAGCAUGGAGAGGCUCAAAGAAAGCCUUGCUGUUCCUGUUCCUGCUGAUGGCUGCCCGGACACUGGGACUAUUGAGACUUUCAUGCUGCCCCUCCCCAAAUGUCACACAUGUUCUUGGGUCAACGGCAACUUUGAUAUUCUGAAUGAAGUUCUCUCAAAUGAGUGGGACCUGGAUUCACCUGAAGACUGUUUCCUGAAAACAGAAAUAGACGAGGAGGAUAAUAAUGACACCAGUGUGGAUGAGGAAGAUGAGUUGGAGAUUAACAAAGUGGACCAUGAGUUUCAAAACCACCGCAUCUCCACCGCAUCUUCUUCUUCUAGAGACUCCAUGUUUUCUAGCUACUCUCUCUCCUCCAGCUGGUCUGUGCCAUCAGGCUCAUCAGGCGUGGAGAGUGAUUUCAGUGAGGACACAGGGCAUGAGGACACAGAGGAAGGACAAGACAGCCAGCCAAAAGCUAGAAAGAAACCUAAGAAGAAGUCCAGAUCCCUGUUGGGUGUAGAGCGCUUCUCUAUGCUUUUCAAGAAUCCCAGCAGCCCGAACGUUUGCCGCCGUGUCCAGAGCAUGGGCUAUCGUAAUGAUGUCACCAAAGACUUUCAAAGAACCGGGUUACCCCUCAAACACUCCAGGUCCCUGUCCAGACAGGGCCGCCUUCUACAGGCAUCCUCCGCUACUUUAGAUCCUCUCUCCCCCCAGAAGCAUAUGUGUGUCCGCAGGAGGCCGAUCCUGAGCUGUGAUGAGGGGGAUGUGGUGGAGGUGCCCACCCUGGUUAAAGUGGUGGUAUUUGGAGGUGACAAAGAGGCCGGCAGGUUAGCCAGGGCAUACAGCAAUCUGCAGCAGAAAGAGAGUAAACAUCCACGACUCACCAAGACAUGCAAACUGCAGUUUUACUUUGUACCCACCAAAAGAAGAACUACAGGAAGCCCAGGAGGAGGACACACACCAGCUGAGGGGCAGACAGGAAGUUCAACCAAAGCUGCAUCUGCGGAGUCUAAUGACCUUGUACUGGAGGACAGUACUACAGAUAUAGCCCAGAUGUUGGGCAUGAUGGAUCCCUGGUAUGAGCGGAACGUCCUCAGUCUGCUCAGCCUGUCCUCUGAUGUUCUUUGUCAGACUGUCUGUAAGGAAGGUGAUGUCUCAGAAGGCAGUGGCAGUGUGGAGCGUCUUCCCCUGCUGGCCGACCUGGUGCUUUACUACUGCCGACAUGCAGACCAGCCUGUUCUGGUGCAGCUCUACCAGGCUGAGCUGACUCUGGCUGGAGGAGAGAAGCGAAGGGAGGUGUUUAUUCACUCUCUGGAACUUGGGCACUCUGCUGGAACCAGAGCUGUUAAAGCCAUGGGUGCUGCCAGCAAAAGGUUUGGAAUUGAUGAAGAACGACAGGCUGUCCCUUUAACACUAAAUGUUGCCUACAACAAGGUGGCUGUUAGUGGGAGGAGUCAGUGGACCCAGACGGAGAUAGUCUGCACAUCAAUUAAUCUUUACAAAGUCUGCAGGAAGCCAGAGCAGCUAUGUGACGAUUCAAGAAUAGAGAGUCUGCAGCUGACAAUGACAGAAGUCCUAAAGAGACAGUGCUCCAAGUCUAAAAAGCACUACAACCAGCACAUCUCAAUAUCAGAAGUGAAGGUGGACAAGAUGCAGGUGAAUGGUGGAGAAGUUGGGACAACAUUUGCUGUGUGUCUGGAUCAGGAUGAGAAGAAGUUCAUCCAAAGUGUGACCAGGUGUGAGGUGUCUCUGUGCUGUAAACCAGGAAGUAGUUCAGACUGGAGGUCCUACAAACCCUUACCAGGCCAAAUCCAGCCUCUGCACCCGUCCUACUGCUCUCUGCUCUGCCUUCCCAUCACCUCGUUCUCCACCUCGUAGUCCUGACACACUUUACACUGCACAGAACCAAACCACGGAAAUUCCACUUAUACAGGGAUGAUGAAACUAAAGCAACACAGGAGGCAGAACAUAGCUACUAGAUAACAUCUGGAAAUGCAUAGGAGAGAAAAAGUUGCAUAAUACUAACAACAAAGGUGACAUUUAAUAACCCACUUCCUACAUAUUUCAGGUUUGUCCUGGGGCUGACGUCAAGGUGUGUCACAUUUACUAGCAGGAGGAGUGAGUGCCUAUUAAGAGGAUUGCUUUCCAGCUAGCUUCUAGUGUUUUCUCUUAUCUCAGAAGAGGGCUUACUAUGUAUUAAUUGACACUGGUGUUCUUGUAUGGAGGAUUUCAUAUGGUCUCAUGGUCUCAGGAGGGUUUAUAGAGACCACUCAUUAGAUUACGUCAAUUAUCUGCUGUCAGCAGCAUAAAACUAAUUACUUGAUUACCAUUGUGUACGUUCUAUUGCUCUAUGACAGAAUAAAACCCUUUUUUUAAAAGAAAUGUGUAAUGAAAUAAGCUAUUUAUUUUGAAGUGAUAGCAACAAAGAUGUGUUUUUUUAUGUUUUUAAAAUCUCGUUUAAUUAUGUUUUUUAUAUGUCACUUAACUGAAAUAAAAUCAUGUUUGAGUCA